CACGCCAAAAUGAUGCCUCUACAUCCUCAUCUCCUCUCUCACUCAUACAGUGGUAUUCAGUCAAACUUCAACCCAUCAAAACGAUGCAUUCCCCCUUGGUAGAGAACAGACUGGCCGGCUUUGACCUGGUCCAAGCCAACUACAAGACGAUCGGCGACCAUGGCAUCCGGGCCGAUUUUCUUAUCCCCCAAUCAAACUACACCGGCAAGCGGCCAAUCAUCAUUCGCUUUCAUGGCGGGGGCUUCAUAACCGGAGACUCCCUUUUCAUGGAAUGGUUCCCUCAGUAUCUCUUCGACAUUGCGAAAGAGCACAAUGCGGUCAUAGUGUCUCCAAACUACCGGCUCAUGCCUGAAGCCACGAGCCUCGAGAUCUUCGACGACGUUGAGGACUUCUGGGUCUGGCUCCAUUCGCCUGCCGUGGCGGAGCUCCUGUCUUCCCACCCAACUCCAACCAAGCUCGACCUCAGUCGCAUCAUCACCGCCGGUGAGUCCGCCGGAGGUGCGCUGAGCCUCUGCCUCGCACUGGCUCAUCCGGACGAGAUCCGAGCGGGAACAGCAAGCUUCCCCAACUUGAUUGAGACCACAGCGCAAACAGAAGCACCCCGCUUGAGCGGACUGUCCCCGGAUGAGGCAGAUCGCCUUGUCGACGAGGCCAUCGAACGCGCAAACCGGGGAGAAAUUCGGUCAUCUGGCAUGGUGCCCGACCGGCUAGAUCUGAUGCUUGCUGCCAUUGAGACUGGACGCAAUAUCAAACUGUACGAGCGCGGAACCGAGAAAGACCCUCGACGGGCCUUGCGGCAUCCUAUGGUGCGGUUGGACGAGUCUGACCUGAAGCUCCCGCGUGGAGGACUCUCUAUUCGGCAUGGACAGGACGAUCCCAUUGUGCCGCCCGUGAUAAGUCAGACCUUUGUGGACAAGGCACGUGCAGCCUUGAAAGGCAAACCGGGAGGGGACAAGAUUGCUCUGGCGCUGCAGCCGGGCUCGCAUGGCUUUGAGGGUAAUACUCGGAGUGAUGAGGCGUGGCUGCAGGAGAAUCUGCGGGUAGCGCUCGAGGCAUGGUUGGAAUAGACGAAUAUGGAGAUGGAUGCGCAUAUAGUAAUUAAUCUGCUUGUAUAGCUCUAAUGAAUAAUAUCACUGUUUUUGCC